GUAAAUACUAGGUGUCUUAACCAUAAUAGAUAUUUGAAUUGUCUAAAUAGGUUAUAGAGUAUAUAAAAUGUUUGAUUAAAAUAUUUUUACAUUAAGUGUAUUAUUCAGAAAGUGACUUUUAAUACGUUUUAAUAGUAUUUUGAUAAUGGGUUCCGAUCAUAUGCAUAGACGAUGGAGUAAUUUGCGAAAAGUAUUAGAAAGACCGGGUCCUUUUUGUAGACCAGAUUUCGAACCAUCAACAGAAACUUUACAAUUUUUAUUAGACAACUGUAAAAUUCUUGUUAUUGGUGCCGGUGGUUUAGGAUGCGAAUUACUUAAAGACUUAGCAUUGAUGGGAUUUAGACAAAUUCAUGUGAUUGAUAUGGAUACGAUUGAAUUAUCUAACCUUAAUCGGCAAUUUCUCUUCCGUCAUAAAGAUAUCGGUUCGUCAAAAGCAGAUGUAGCUGCGAAAUUUAUAAAUAAUAGAAUUCCAGGUUGCAAUGUUAUACCGCAUUGUUGCAAAAUACAAGAUAAAGAUGAAGAAUUUUAUAGACAGUUUCACAUAGUAAUUUGUGGUCUUGACUCAAUAAUUGCAAGAAGAUGGAUCAAUGGUAUGUUGUUGUCUUUAUUAGUUUACGAAGAUGGAGAAUUAGAUCGGUCCAGUGUAAUACCAAUGAUUGAUGGAGGAACAGAAGGUUUUAAAGGAAAUGCAAGAGUAAUACUACCUGGUUUAACUGCUUGUAUUGAGUGUACUUUAGAUUUAUAUCCUCCUCAGGUCACAUAUCCAUUAUGCACAAUAGCAAAUACUCCACGUCUACCAGAACAUUGUGUAGAAUAUGUAAAAAUAAUUCAGUGGCCAAAGGAAAAUCCAUUUGAUUGUGCUAUAGAUGGUGAUGAUCCUCAACACAUAAAUUGGAUUUAUGAAAAAUCCAAUGAAAGAGCAGCACAAUUUGGAAUACAAGGCUUAACAUACAGAUUAGUACAAGGUGUAGUUAAAAAUAUUAUACCUGCCGUAGCAUCUACAAAUGCUGUAAUUGCUGCAACAUGUGCUACAGAAGCAUUUAAACUUGCUAGCAGUUGUAGUGCUUCAUUAAACAACUAUAUGGUACUCAAUGAUGUAGAUGGAAUUUAUACUUACACUUAUGAAGCCGAAAAAAAAGAAGAUUGUGUGGCAUGUAGCCAAAUUCCAAAAGAAAUCGAAAUUAAUAGCCCAAAAUUUAAAUUGAAUGACUUGAUAGAACUUCUAUGUGAAAAAUCUGACUUACAAAUGAAAAAUCCAGGUCUCACAGCAUAUGUUGAUGGGAAAAAUAAAACACUGUAUAUGCAAACUGUAGCAAGUAUCGAGGAAAGAACUCGUGAAAAUCUAACAAAAACAUUGAUCGAACUUGGACUUAGAAACGGCAGUGAGAUAAAUGUUGCUGAUAGUACUACUCCCAAUGCAAUUGUAUUAAAAUUAAAAUUUGUAUAUUGUAAUUUAGAUAUGUGAUAAUCAGAAAAUUUUUCGUUUUGUUCAU